UAUUUGCGAUAAGACAAUGGCCAACAAUUCAAACGAUGAUAUUAACAAUAUUAAUGAAGUAUCUCUUAUUGUUAAUACAAGAGGUACUCAAUCUCAAGACCAGAUAAGAGAAGAAGAGACGCCACUCGAGACCUGUGGUCUUAACCGGACGUAUAGCCGAACAUUGAGUCGCCAGAAGUCUCACGUCUAUAGCGCCACUUCGCGACCGUCACUGAUCUCACAUCAUAUGAUAACAUAUACCGAUGACACGGAUGAGGACCGGGUGGACGCACUUCCCGAACACAUGACAUUCACAAUAUUGGAUGCGGUGGCCAUCUUGUUCUCCAUCGGCAGCUUUCUGUUGGAUAUCGGCACUGAUAUAGCUGUUGCCGCAUAUUAUUAUAUCACUGAUAAUAAUUGGUAUUUCUAUCUGACCCUAACGUUUGUCAUAUUACCUACACUUGUAAUGACGGGAAUAUCAUUGCGAUGGUAUGUCGUGGACUCAAGAGAAGAGGGAUCACCAAAGAUAACUCCUUUUCAAUGGAUUCUGAGAGUUAUAUUUUUGUUGCUUCAAUUGGGACCAAUUUUACGCUAUUUUGAUUCAUUGAUGUACGGACUGAAGUUCAGACAGGCGUCCAAUUCAAAGGAAGCGAAGAAAAAGUACUUCCAAUACAUGGUUUACGAAGACACUGACGCAACAAUGUUGAGGCUCUUCGAGUGUUUUAUGGAAGCGGCGCCACAACUAGUUCUUCAACUUUAUAUUCUUAUCAAGAAUUUUAAUACUUGGUAUUAUCUUUUCUGGAUUAUCACAAUAUCAAUAACUUCAUGUUUAGCAUCACUGGUAUCAGUUUCGUGGUCAUUGGUUUCAUAUCAUCGUGCAUUGCGUUUAUCAUUGCCUGAUAAGGCCAAUAUGAAAUGGACGGGACUCGCCAUUCAAUUUAUUUGGCGAUUCUUUAUGGUUGCCUCUCGAGUGGUAACACUAUCACUAUUUGCCAGUCAAUUCCGAUUCUAUAUAAGUAUAGUUUGUAGUAUUCAUUGGUUUCUUAUGUUUUUAUGGAUUGUAUCGAUGCGAACAUCAUUUUGUAAGAAUCGUAUCGAAGAAUUGGGAUAUAAUGCUAUUCUUGCAUUUAUAUUCAUAUUUUGUUAUUUUAAUCCCGUGGAUACACCAACUCGUCGACGAUAUAUUUUAUAUUAUUUGUUUAUGUUUUGUGAAAAUAUUAUAAUAUUAACUCUUUGGUAUUUUAAUUGUCCUGAAAGUGAAAUUUAUAAACCUUUAGGUUUUCCUGCAUUUCUAAUAUCUUUUACACUCGGAAUCGCAUUUAUGGUUGUUUAUUAUUUAUGGUUUCAUCCGAGUAAAAUAAUGAAUUGUCGUAAUAAUGAUGAUAACAGUGAACGUCGGGAAUCAUCAUUAAAUCAGAAGAUGAAACGCACACUACACGCAACUCAGGGUUUGUGGACAACUCAGGGUCGUCUCUUACAUCCCAGACCAGCUGUUCCCACAUCUUUUUCAGAUUCAAAAAUUAAUAAGAAAUUUACCAAAAAUCUUAAAGAUGAUAAUAAUGGGUCUGUCGUAUAGAUAUUUGUGACAAAUUUCUUAAGUUAUGUUAUGACUGAUAUGACAAUUGAUUUGACGCUACAAUAUUUGUGAGAUAUUUUUUUAACUUAUCUA